AUGGUGCGUGUAGAUAACUCCGGACAAUGUUCUGUACGUUUAAUUUGUGCUAAAUCAAGAGUAGCACCUUUAAAGGUUGUCACGUUGCCAAGCUUGGAGCUAAACGCAGCUUUAUUAGCAACGAAUCUGACAGCUAAGCUCAUGGAGGCUUUUACUUGUCGUAUAUCUAACAUUUUUUAUUAUACUGAUUCAACCAUCGUUUUAUCGUGGUUAAAUACGGAACCCGCACUUUUAAAAACAUUUGUAGCGCACCGUGUAGCGGACAUACAAAGAAAAUCCAAAAUCGAAAAUUGGCAACAUGUAAAAUCCGAACAUAACGCGGCUGACAUCAUCUCGAGAGGAUCACUACCCAGUCAGCUGCUCGAAUGCGACAGUGGUGGAACGGGUCAUUCUUUCAAGCAAUCCUAA